CCAGAGGCUGUGCCGAGGGAAGCUGCUGAUCGGGGAUCUCUGGGAGAUGAGCGACCGACUCCAGGGGAGGUAGCAUUCCUCUGCAGAUGAAAUUAGUGGGAGCUGUCUGCCCUCUAGAUCCCACCCACCGUGAUGGACCGAGUGCCCAGGACAACUGCUGCAUUUAAUAGCACCAACUGCUUCAACCUCGAGCGGGGAUCCACGGUGCUGCAGGGUAACAGUUUUGGAGGAAUCCCCACCGUCCUGCUUAUCUACUUUGUCACUUUCUGGGUCUUAAUCAUGUUGUUUUCUAUACUGAGGAAGACGGCGUGGGAUUACGGGCGUCUUGCCCUGGUCUCUGACAUCUCGAGUGAGGCCGAGGGUUCACCCAGAAGAUACAAAAGACACUCUUCAUUCACGGAACAAAGUAUCAAAGAUGCUGGUUUCUGCUCGUGGCUGACUAACACCUUUACCAUGAAGGACAAUGAGAUGCAGGAGAAAUGUGGAGAGGAUGCCAUCCACUACUUAUCUUUCCAACGUCACCUCAUCGUCCUGCUGGUGGCAAUAAGUGUCAUGUCUGUGGCCAUCAUUUUACCUGUGAACCUUUCUGGCAGUUUGCUGGACCAAGAUCCUCAAAGUUUUGGAAGAACAACAAUAGGGAACAUGAAGACCAAGAAUAACUUGCUGUGGCUUCACACCAUUUUUGGUGUGAUCUAUCUGCUCCUCACCAUCUUAGUCUUGAGGCACCACACUUCCAGUUUGCAGGACAGAGAGGAUGAUGUGGUGAAGUCCACUUUAUUUAUAAGCAGAAUUUCCGAGGAGGCUAGUGAGGAGAUCAUCGCUGGACAUUUCCGUGAAGCCUACCCUACAUGCACAGUCCUGGAGGUUCAACUCUGUUACAAUGUGGCUAAACUAACAGAACUGGAUGCUGAGUGGAGGAAGGCGGAACGUGGGCGGAGAUACUACACUGAGCUGCUCCAGAGUGAAGGGAAGCGAGUCUCCAUCAACCCGCGCCCCUGCGGCCAGUUCUGCUGCUGCAGCUUCAGAGGGUGUGAGCAGGUGGAUGCAGUGGAGUAUUACACAAAACUCGAGGAUGAAAUGAUGAGUGAGUACACUCGGGAGAAGGAGAGUUUAGACAAGAAAUCGCUCGGACUGGCCUUUGUUACCUUGCAGGACGAAGCCAUGGCGAUGCUUAUCCUGAGAGAUUUCAACAACUUCAGGUGCCAGGGCUGUAAGUGUCGAGGAGAAAUGCAGUCUUCAUGUUACAGCCAUAGCCUCGGAGUUUCCAAGUGGAAUGUGACCUAUGCUCCAGAUCCCAAGAAUAUUUACUGGGAGAACAUCUCCAUCCAGGGAAUUCGCUGGUGGAGCCGCUGCAUCAUAGUCAACUUCCUCCUGUUUAUUUUGCUGUUUUUUCUCACCACUCCAUCCAUCGUGCUGUCCACCAUUGACAAGUUCAACGUCACUCGACCCAUCUACUACCUCAACGAUCCUGUCAUCAGCCAAUUCUUCCCCACACUCCUGCUGUGGGCCUUCAGUGCUCUCCUCCCAACCAUCGUCUACUACUCAACCAUAUUUGAGGGCCACUGGACAAGGUCUUCAGAAAACCGUGUCACAAUGCACAAACUCUACAGCUUCCUCAUUAUCAUGGUGCUCAUACUGCCUUCUCUGGGUCUCACUAGUCUCGAUGUCUUCUUUCGAUGGCUAUUUGACAAGAGUUUCCUGGAGCUAGCCAGAAUUAGAUUUGAGUGUGUGUUCCUUCCUGACCAAGGUGCCUUCUUUGUGAACUACGUUAUCGCAUCAGCCUUUGUGGGGAACUCCAUGGCUCUGUUACGCCUCCCCAGCCUGCUGCUGUACUCCUUGCGGAUGCUGAUGGCCAGAUCUGCAGCAGAGAGGAAAGUCGUCAAGCAGAAUCAAGCAUACGAGUUUGAGUUUGGAGUGAAUUACGCUUGGAUGCUGUGUGUCUUCACGGUGGUGGUAGCUUACAGCAUCACCUGUCCCACGAUCGUUCCCUUUGGUUUGAUCUACAUCCUACUGAAGCAUUUUGUGGACAGGUACAACUUGUACUAUGCCUACCUACCUGCCAAACUCAACCGGAGGAUCCACGCUGCUGCUGUCAAUCAAACUCUGGCAGCCCCCAUCAUCUGCUUGUUCUGGCUGCUGUUCUUCUCUGUACUGCGAGGAGGAUUAUCUGCAGCAACAUCCAUCUUCACCCUGACUGUGGUGCUGACCACUAUUGCUGUCUGCAUUAUUUCCAGUUGCUUUGGCUACUUCCAGUACUUCACUGUCAACAUGGGUAAGAAAUUGGCAACUGAGAAAAUAGAAGCAGAAGCUGCAGCCCCUGCCUGGCGAUCAGAGGCUUAUCUCCCAAGAGUCCUACGUGAACCCAGGUCUGAAAACAGUCAGCUGGAGUACCAUGACCAGCCAUCCUAUGGUGCCUUGGAGGAUAACAAUCAGCUAAUAGAGGAUAGGUCUCCUCUUCCAGACAACAGUCAAGAUAACGAUCAAGUAUAUUUAGUGGAUACAGGAGCUACUGAGAUCUAGAACUCUAGAUGAUUUUGAACUAGUCACUAUGUGGUACUGUUACAGUUCCAUGGGAGCACAUGAGGAAUGAAGAUUGUUUAACAGCUCACUUACUUGCAUCUGACCUCUUAAUAGCCCUUCUCAAUAGGGAAUUUUGAUUUUGCUAAUUUGUGUUUUUUUUGGAGGUGGUCUUUGGUUACAUCAGAUCUUCAUGUGGCAACAUAGGAAUAGAUUGUCUUGACGACUGAUCUCGAUCGGAGCUGGACUCUAAAUGUUAACUCUUUCUCCCCAGAUUAGUUUCUCCAGCAAUUUCUUUUCAGUUCUCAGUCUGCACUGAUUGUGGUUUUAGAACACCUUUCUUGUAGAGCUUUGAGUCACUUGAGCUUUACUUCCUAUUACAGUAACCACCACCUUCUGCAGGAAAGGGUGUUUGACAGAUAAUUGCCACAAUCAUGAUGUGGUCUAGUUUAACUUCUCGAACUAACAGCCUUUGAGUCCGACUUUUAUUCUAAAAUUGUACUUGAAAAAUAAUUUUGCCAGUUGAAUUUACACUUUCUAUACACUCAAAUGAAGCACAAACGUUUAUUGAGCACCUCGCCUUUUCAUUCUAUACUCUGGCAGGUAAUGACUCGUGCUAUGCAUUAGAACAGGUUUCUCCACCUCUCCUGCAGGUAACCUACUUUUACUUGGGCUGAGGAAAGGAAUGGAACAUUACCUCACAGGCUACUCUUCUUUGUUGAGCUGACAACAGCUUCAUAGGCUUUCAAAGGCUGUCACUGACGUAACCACUUUUCUGUUUUAUGUAUAAGUCACAGCAAGAGGAGAAAAUGGCAUACUGACAUUUUUAAAGCUCCUCGGUGCUAAAAUCAUGAAUAGCACAUUAUUAUAUGAUGAGGUGAGGCCAAGACUGAAAAAUUAUAUGGAUAUUGCCAAUGGUAAAACAGACUAAGGCUAUUGCAGUGGCAUUAGCACAAGAAGCAAGAUCGAAACAAAGGCGAUGUUUCAAUGCAAAAGACGUUGCUUUACAAUUUGAAUACCUUUGUGGUGCUUUCAGCCCCGUCUCCCAAGCAGCAGCUUAAUCAGCUGAGACACCAAAUCCACCAAAACCCACUAUAUGGGUAUAAUAGUUCAGGAGAAAGUGAGGACAGAGUCGAGUGUGGGGUGCUGGAAAAGCACAGAAAGUCAGGCAGAAUCCGAGGAGCAGGAGAAUCGAUAUUUCAGGCAUAAGCCCUAUAUCACAGGAGGACUGCCAUUCAAUCAUGCUUGAGCUGGCAAGUUUAGUCUCACAAUCUACCUUUACCCAUUACAACAUGCAAAUUCAGAGCAAGAGGAGGCGGCCACUCAGCCCCUUGAGCCUGCUCCAUCAUUCAAUAAGAUAGUGGCUGAUACGAUGACAGAUGAUGUCAACGACGGUCAUUCUCACCUUAAGUUUGCACUCGACAGUGUGGCAUCAAGGAACCUGGGCAAAACUGGAGUCAGUGACUAUCAGGGCACAAACUCUCCAGUGGUUAGAUGUCAUACCUGGCACAUAGGAAGUGGGUAAUGGUUGGAGGUCAGUCAUCUCAGCUCCAGGAGAUCUCUGCAGGAGUUCCUAAGGGUAGUGUCCUAGGCCCAACCAUCACAAGGGAGGAUGUUCACUGAAAUUUGCACAAUGUUCAGCACCAUUUGUGGCUUCUCAAUACCGAAGGAGCCCAUGUUCAAAAGCAGCAAGAUCUAGACAAUAUCCAGGCUUAGCCUGAUAAGUGGCUCUUAACAUUCACACCACACAAAUGCCAGGCAAUGACCAUCUCCAAUAAGAGACAACCAAAUCACCGACCUUUGACAUUCAAAAAUGUCACCAUCACUGAAUCACCCAUUAUUAAAUUCAUUGGGGUUACCAUUGACCAGAAACUCAACUGUACUCACCACAUAAACACAGUUGCUACAACAGCCAGAGGCAAGGAAUAUUGCAAUGAAAAAAACUCACCUCCUGACUCCACCAUCUACAAAAGGUACAAAUCUGAAGCAUGAUGGGAUACUCCCUACUUGCUUGGAUGGGUGCAGCUCCAACACUACCCAAGAAGCUUGAAUGACACCAUAUCCACAAACAUCCACCCCUCCACCACUGACACUCAGUAGCAACAGUGUGUACUGCCAGGUGGACAGCACGGUGACUUAGUGGUUAGCACUGCUGCCUCAGCACCAGGGACCUGGGUUCUAUUCCAGCCUCCAGGUGACUGUGUGGAGUUUACACAUUUUGCCAGCGUCUGUGCGGGUUACCUCCGGGUGCUCUGUUUCCUUUCCUAGUCCAAAAGAUGUGUAGGUUAGGUGGAUUGUCAGUGGUAAAUUAUCCAUGGUUUUCAGGGAUGUGCAGGCUAGGUGGAUUAGUGAUGGGAAAUACAGGGUUACAGGUAUUUGGGUAGGGCGGGGGGGGUCUGGGUGGGAUGGCGUUUAGAGGGUCAGUGUGAAUUCAAUGGGCCAAAUGGCCUGCUUCCAUACUGUAGGGAAUUCUAUGAUACUUAACAAGAUGCACUAUAGAAAUUCACUUAAGAUUCUUAGACAGCACUUUCCAAAAUUAUGACCACGUCCACCUGGAAGGACAAAGGCAGCAGAUACCUGGGACCACCACCUUCAAAAUUUCCCUCCAAGCCACUCACCACCCUGACUGAGAAAUAUAUUGCUGUUCCUUCACUAUCAUGUAUCAAAAUCCUGGCAUUAACUCCCCAUCAGUGGGGUUUAACCAUCAGCUUAGUGGGUUGCAGCGGUACAAGGCAGCAGCUCACCACCACCUUCUCAAGGGCAACUAGGGACAGGCACUAAAUGCAGGCCCAGCCAGCAAUGCUCACAUUUGAGUGAAUAAAACAAUUACCUGCAGUCCUGCCUACCCAUGAUAACCUGUCAUCCUGUUGCUUAACAAGAAACCACUUAUCCUUAAAAACACUGAAGGACUCUCCUUCUAACACCUUUUCAAGAGGUAUUCCAAAGACACUUGGUCCUGUCAAUACUUUUUUUUGCCUCAUUUCUGUUUUAAAUGGGUAAUACUUUGUUGUUAAAGCAGCCACUCAUUCUAGAUUCUCAAAACAGAGCACACCCUUUCCACAUCCAUCUUGUCAAAACUUCAGGAUUUUGUAUGCUUCAAAUCAAUUCACUACAUACUCUUUUUAAAGUCUGAUGGAUAUAUGACUAGCCUGUCCAACCUCCCCAAACAAGACAACCUGCCAACACUCAGGAUUAGACUAAUAAACCUUCUCGAAACUACAUCUUUCAAGUAAGAUACAGAUACAGACCCUAUUCCAGAUGUGGUCUCACCAAUGUCUUUUUGGUUGAAGUGCAAUUUUUGCAUUCAAUUUCCAUUACAAUAUAGAGACUGUAAUUAGCUUUCCUAAUUGCUUGCUGAACCAGCAUACAAACUUUUGUAAUCCCUGCAUUAGGACACCCAGAUCCCUCUGCAAUUUCUCACCAUUUAGAUAACUUUUAAAAAAAUUCUCAUGCCCAACAUGGACAGGUUCAAAUAUUCCCAAACGAUACUAUUUUCCACUGUUUUACUGAUUCACUUGACCUAUCUAUAUCACUUUAUAGAUUCCUUCAGUCUUCACAAACUUACUUUACAACUUAUUUUGUGUCAUCAGCAAAUUUAGCAACACCACCUUUUAACCCUUCCUCUAAAUUAAUUAUAUAAACUGUAAUUCUGUGACAUUCAAUACAUGUUCACAAGAAAAUAACCAAUGUACCUACACUUUCCUAUUAACUAGCAAAUCAUUUAUCCAUGUCAUGGUGUUACCAAUUACAUCAUGAGCGGUUAUUUUCCACACAAUAACCUUACACGUGGCACUCUAUGAAAUGCCUUUUGGAAAUGUAAGUAUGGUACAUUCACUGAAUAAAAUGCUGUGGAUAAAGGAGAACCAAAUGGUAAGAUAAUUAUGCAUUAUUUUCCUUUCACAAAACCAU